AUGGCAACAGCUAUUAACAAUAGCCAAAGAAUUAAAAAGGGCAGAACAAACAACUACUCAAACAAUUCGAUGGCAAACUCAUUUUUAGGCAAUCAAAAGAUGAACCAAAGCAACUCAAUUACCAACCAAUCUAUUCACCAUAUCUCUUAUUCUCCUCCAAUAAAAGAAUCAUCACAAAAUAGAAGUUAGCUUUAUUCUGCCAAUAAAUCUAAUGUUAAAGGAUUUAACUUGAACUAGAAUGUGAAUUAUAGUCAAGAUAGGAUGAAGAAUUUAUAAAUACUUUAUGAGGAGAGAUUAAGCCAAAUGUAAACUUAGUUAAACACAAUCUAUACAAAGAUAGCCAAUGAUGAAAUAGCAAAUACUAUGAAAGAAAAUUCUGUAUCCUAGGAGUUUAUCAUUGAUAGAAUUAAAGAAAUCAUGGAAGAAACAGUCCUUAAUGAAAAAGAGAUGCAAAUUGAGAAAAACAUUCAAGAAAUCUCUUUGCUUAAGAGUGAGCUUGCAGCUGUAUAAAAUGAUUUAUAUACUUAAUCAUACAUUCCCCAGCAAAUACAAGAUUAACUUGACAAAGAAAUUCAAAGAAGCAAGUAUCUUGAGCAGGAGAAUAAUGCACUUAAGGAGAAAAUGAUGUAACUAUCUACUGGAUUCUAGCAAACUGACUCAAGUUUCAAAAGUAUUAUUAUUUAAAAAGAUGAAGAGCUUAAUUUUUGUAAACAACAGUUUAAACAAUGCAAAGCUUAGCUUGAUCAAUAUGAAGUUUCUAUUUAAGAUAAAUAGAAGCAGACUUAAUAACUCUAACAAGAAUUAUAUUAGGUAAAAAGAUUAUACUAGACAUUAUAAGAGGAAUUCGAUAACAAGAAAUUAAAGUUUGAUCAAACAUUGAUUCACAUGUAGGAGCAAUCAAAUGAAUUGCAAUUAGUAAAAACUCAAAAUUUUGACAUGCAAUUGCAGAUUUAAAGACUCGUUUAAGAAUACUAGAAUUAAUAAGAAUAGAAAAAUGGGCUAGAUUAAGAGAAACAAGAAUUGAUGGAGAAAUUCAAUAAUUAUGGAGAGCAUUUGUAGAGAUAGUAGGUAGAUCAACUUGAAAAAGCUAAGUAGUAGUUUUAGGAUAAAUUAGCUCAUUAUAAGGGGAAAAUUUAGGAUCUGAAGGACAAAGAAGAAUAGUAUGCAAUGGAAAUUGAAAAGGAAAGGAAGUUACAAUAUGAUUUAAAGAACAAUUUCGAGCUGAUUAUUUCAAACAUGAGAGAGGAUAUGAGAAGAAUAAAGGAGGAGUGGGAGCAUCGACUUUAAGAUGAGGAACUAGAGCAUCAAAGAUAAAUAGUUACGGUCCAAUCAUAAUAAGCAAUUCAAGUAUAAAAUAUGAAGCAUGAAUGCACACUUAUCUUUGAUUAGAAGAUGUCAUAGCUUCAAAGAGAGUAACUCUAAGAGAAUGAAAGACUCAAAAGGGAGUGUGAAGAAUUGAAAAAUAAUCUUAAUUAAAAGAUAGUUACAAUUGAAAAAGACUAUAUAAAAGUUUAGAAGCAUGAGGAAAUUUUGAAUUAAGAACUUUAAAGAUUAGACUUAUCUAUUCAUGAAAGAGUUAAAAAAAUAAAAGAAUAGAUGUAAGCUGAGAUCUCAUAAAGAUUAGAAGAAAGGGAAAAUGAAAGAGAGAAAGUAACUCAGUAAAUAAUUAAAAAGGCCAAAGAGUAAUAUGAGGCUGAGAGAGGUCAUGCAUUGCAGGAGCAAGAGCAAAGAAUAAUUAAGUAGUAUGAUUGGUAAAUAAAAGAAAUGAAAGAAGAGCAUGCUCAUGAAUUAAGGUCCUUACAAAAGAAAUCAGAUAUCUAAAAAGAAGAUAUAAUCCAAUAAAAUUAAAGAUUAUCUUCAGAGAAUGGCUAUCUUAAAAAUGAUCUCUUAGAUAAAAAUCAUCUUCUUCAAGAAAUAAGGCAGGAGAUUGAAAAUGAAAGAGUCAAUGAAUAGAGAAGAAUUGAGGAAUAGGAUUAAGAUAAUCAAGCUCUGAGAAAUGAGUGCGAGAGAUUGCAAGAAAUCAUUGAGGUGACUAAAAAUGAAUUCUAAAUCUAAAUUAAUGACAUUUAAAGACAAACUGAAAAUGAUAUUUUAAAUGAAAGAAGUAAAUGGCAAACGGUAAUAGCAAAAAUAUAAAAAAUAACUUCAAAGUAAUUUAAGUAAUUUAGAAAGCAACUGGAUAUGAUUAGAGAAAUUUAAAGUACUGAGUACUCUUCAUAAUUUAAUAAAAUGAGAAAGACAUUUUUUGAAGAGUUCAUUAGAUGUAUAGGGCAAAACAAUAUUUAGGAAUAGCUCAUGAACACAAUUCAUGAAAGAGAAAAUUUCCUAUAAUAAGUAAUAGACGAAAAGUAAUAAAUUGAGCAAGAGUACUAGAGACUUCACUAGCAAUUUGAGGAAUGUGAGCAAAAAUUAGCAAAGAUAAGAAAAGAUAGAGUAAAAGAUUCUAAAAAUAUAAAAAAUGAAUUUAUUAAGGUCCUUGAAACUGCAAAGAGAGAAGUGCAGAGAAAAUAUUCUGAUGAACUAAAAGUUCUCAACAAUUCAGUUAAAGAAUUCAAUAAAAGGUUUAGAGAUGAGAUUAUAACUAAAGAAAAAGAAGUGAAACAAUUACAUCUUCAGCAUUCAUUGGAAAAAUCUCAUCUGUAAGAUCAAUUGAAUCUCUCAAACUCUAAGAUCAAAACUCUGAGUAUCUAGUUAUAAGAAUGCUAAAAUAGAAUGGAAAAAGAGAGAUAGCAUUUAGAUAGCCAGAAAAAAGGUUGGAUUGAGGAGUUCAAAAAGAAAUAUCAAUUCAAGGAGAAAGAAAUUGAAGGUUUAACUUCUCUAAUUACCAAAAGUUAUUAAAGUAUCAAUAGUACCAUUGAUAAUAUAAGAGUAGCAGCAAAGAUUGAAUCUGAAGUUGAGGAAUUAACAAGAAAAGCCAAAGAAAAAAACCCUCUUAGAAGUGAAUCAUCCCAGAGAAGUAUUGAAUGA